AUGGUGCGAAAGGAGCUUCUGUCGACUAUCAUGUUGUUGGUAGAGGGCCCGAACGCACGGGUCCUCGUUAACCACAAGCUUCCCACAGAGAUCCUCACAUUGAUCUUCCAUUAUGUCCGUCUUCAGCCUCGCAAACGGGAUACACCUGGGACGAGCAUCUGGGACCCUGUAGUCGUGCGGAUAGACUGGCUCGUUCGAGCGUCGCACGUCUGUCGCCAUUGGCGCGCUAUCAUCGUCGAUACACCUGCGCUCUGGGAUAGGAUCGAUGAUUCGCGAAGACGUCUAGAUCAAGUACGCGUCCCGGCCGAGAGGGCUGGCAUAAUGCCGCUCACGCUCACGAUUACACGCGAACCCACCCGCCCUAUGAACGCGCUCCUCCAAAGCAACAAGCCAAUAAAGGAGAUACGGUACGACGGGAUCACCAUCGAGCUUUCUAAAAAUACUUGCAGCAGCCCGCGCAUGACGACGACCGAGCCAAGCCAAGUUUACUCCGUAGUAUUUCGAGGGCACACUCCAAGCUUGCGUCGCCUCUCUCUCGACUCCCUUAAUUGGAUUCCCACACUCCAAACGUCGACACUCACGCACCUCUACCUCGCAGAUUGCUGCGGGAAGAACUCUAUACAGAUGAUACUGCCUUUGUUGGCUGCGAGCCCAAGCCUGACAGACCUGGUGUUGGUGGACAGCCUUGUUGAUCACGAUGUCCUCGAAUCUCCGCAGUGCAAUGCGCUAGUGCGCCUCCGCCAUUUGCGAAGACUAGUGCUGAAGCACAUGUCGAGCGCGGGUGUCAAACGCUUCAUCUCACACAUACGUCUGGACCCGGAGACGUGCGUGCGAUUGAUCAAUGUUCUACCUCUCGACGGCGACCUCUUGGACCAGCUGUCUAGGCUGCCGUUGGUAGCCGGCGUAACCAAGCUCCUGAUCAAGGGAUCAGGAAUACGGCGCACCGUAAUUUGCGAAGGACAAUCUACUGGUAUAUUCAUCGACAACUUUACCUCGGUGGAUGAGGAGUGGGGCACCGCCCUGCCACGGAUGCUCGCAAUGGACCAGCUCCGCGAGCUCCACGUAGUCCUACGGGAUAGCCCCGCGCUAUUCGCCAGCACCCCGACGGCGCUGUUCGACUUCCUACACAGGGCACCGGCUCUUGAACACCUCUACGUGGACACGCAAGGGCUUGCGAGCCUGCUCGACGCACUCGAGUGCUGCGGAUCCAAACCGCCAAAGCUGGCGUGCCCGAACCUCGUGCUGCACGUCCAGAUGCCCUGCCGCGGGCCUGGGUCGGACAGCACGUCUCUGAUACAGUCUUUCGCGACUAGACAGACGAAUCUGGGCAUUCGCUAUCUAGUCGCGGAAUACUGCCCCGGAUGUGGGGCUGGGGCGCGGCGUCGACCGUGGUUUUCGAGGGAGAUUCAGGUCAAUUUCGAGUCGGUGACCUCGAUUUCCAAUCCUCGACUAGGGCGUGACUGGCGGAUGUUGCGCGUGGACUGGCCGGCGUGUUGA